AGACUGCCCAGACUUUAAACCACAGGGACCAAGGUCCUCUCUGCUCUUUCUACAACUGCAGUAUGGUGGGUCUGUAAAUGGAGAAAAGCUGCAUCGAGAGUGCACCACUAUUAGGAGUCAGUGUUAGGUCUUUCUGUGGAUUUUUGUCUGUUUUUCCUACUUGGCAAUUCAUAGCACUGUCAAAUUCUGUUGGUAUUUAACAUUAAGACCGACUGUGCAAUGGGCCUGCAGGAUGGAGUAUGAUAUUGAUUUCUACAAACAUUUUGCCUGGCUUAGGAAGGUUAACCUCCAUUCACCUGGCAGCAGUGAAUCCUACCAGGAGCGGUUAUCACGCCUGGAGGGAGACAAAGAGUCACUAAUUCUGCAGGUGAGUGUGCUAACAGACCAGGUGGAGGCUCAGGGGGUGAAGAUCAAUGAUCUGGAGAGUUCUCUGGUGGAGCAUCAGCACAAGCUCAACUCCACAGAGGAGAUGCUACAGCAGGAGCUCCUGCAUAGGACGUCACUGGAGAGCCAGAAGUUAAGUCUUAAGGGGGAGGUGUCCUACCUGAAACUGAAGCUGGCAGACAUGGAGGGAAAACAGAACCAUGGGACUGAAAGGCAACACAAAGCAGAGAGUUUAAUUAAGGAGCUCAGGAUUCUCAAGGACAAAGUAGAGCACCUGGAGGAUCAGAAAAUUCAGUAUGAGAAGAAACUCAAAGCAACAAAGGCAGAGAUCGGCAGCCUUCAGCAGCUUCUGUUUAGUAAGAACGCAGAGAUCGAGAGCUUGCACACUCAGCUACUGGCCAGACCAUGUCUUUCCUCUGAAAGCACGGAGAGAGAGGAGAUGUACAGGAAGAGGCUAAACUCCAAAUACCAGGAACUGCACAGGCUUCGGAGUGGAAUGAAAACACUGGUGGCUGCCAAUGAUGAAAAGGACCGACGUAUUGAGGAGCUCACUCUGCUCUUGAAUCAGUGUAAGCAAUUCAGAGAGGUUCCUCACAACACAAGGCAAGCUCCACCUGCUGUUUGUUCGACAUCAAAUGGAAGGACUUCAUCAAUAAGCAGUGAAGAAGAAGAGCAUGGACAGAUGAAGAAUGCAGACUCUGCCAGCGCAAAAUCCGAGGAUUUAAAGUCAGAGGUUUCUACAAACAGUUCUUCAUCACGACAAACAUCUCUUUCAUCAGUCCAGAAGGACAACAUAUGCAGAACAGAACCACAGACAUUAUCCAGCAGCAUGAAUGACUUAACAUGUGGGCCUUCACAAAAGAGUGGUGUGAAUGACCCCAGAAGUCAGACGCUGCCUGUCAUUUCCUCUCUGUUAGAGCAGAAUGGGGUUGGAGGCAGCAGCAGUGAAAUCCACAGUCAAAGGUCUCCAGAUGGGAGCGAAGAUGGAGACUCCAGCCAAAAAAAGCCAGAGAAAACUGAUGACAGCAUCUCAAGUGAUGCUUCUCCGGUGCAUUCUGGGACAAAUUCACAGACUGGCCAACGUACUAUAGGUUCACCAGAGUAUAUGAAGAAUAACAGGAGCUUCAAAAGGCUCUGGGGGAAACUUCGAAGAACCCAGUCUGGAGGGUUUCAGGGAGCAGAUUCAGAUGCUGGUCAGUUUAGGAGAGGGGGACUGCGUGCUACAGCAGGACCUCGACUAACUCGUACCCCUGAAUCUCAUGACUCUGAACGCGAUAUGAAUAUUCCAUUCAGCCAGUGGACCAAGGAGCAGGUGUGUGGCUGGUUAGAGGACUAUGGCCUCGGCCAGUAUGUCAGUCUGACCAGACAGUGGGUUGAAAAUGGUCAGACACUGUUGUCUGCCACACCACAGGACUUUGAGAAGGAGAUGGGAAUGAAGCACCCACUGCACAGGAAAAAACUUCAGCUGGCUUUGAGGGCUUUCACCACCAAGGUUAUAGAAAAGUCAUCAGAGCUGGAUCACAUUUGGGUCACACGUUGGUUAGAUGAUAUUGGUUUGCCUCAGUAUAAAGACCAGUUCCAUGAAGCCAGAGUCGACGGUCGAAUGAUUCAAUACCUCACAGUGAAUGACCUGUUGACCUUAAAAGUGACCAGCCAACUUCAUCAUCUCAGUAUUAAAUGUGCCAUUCAUGUUCUCCAUGCCAAUAAGUUCAACCCCAACUGUCUACGACGCAGGCCAGGCGAAGAGAAACAGCCCUCUCCCUCAGAAGUGGUGCAGUGGUCUAACCAUCGAGUAAUGGAGUGGCUUCGAGCAGUAGAUCUGGCUGAGUAUGCUCCCAAUCUACGGGGCAGUGGUGUUCAUGGUGGCCUGGUUAUCCUGGAGCCUCGUUUCAGUUCAGAGACUUUGGCUUUGCUGUUAAAUAUUCCACCUCAGAAAACCCUCCUGAGACGCCACCUCGCCACUGCCUUCUCAGCCCUGGUGGGGACUCAGGCCACUCAGGAGAAACGAGAGUAUGGAAAUGCAACAGGCCAUGUUCCCCUCACAACCACUGCCAAAGUGAAGCCAAAAAAGCUGGGAUUUACUCAAUUCAGUCAUCUAAGGAAGCGGAAACCUGACGACGCUGCAGACUAUAUCUGUCCAAUAGACAGUGGAGCGUUGACAGUGAAUGGUGUUUCCCGCUCUGCAGUUCUCAGAGGCCUCAGCCCCAACUUGGAAAGACAGACUGAAAGGCGGGAGCAGGUGGGGACAAAAACCUCUGGCUGAUUUUGCUAAACAAUCAUUAAAAAAAAAAAAAAAAAAAAAAAACAUGCUUAAUACUACACCCUCUGCUGGAAACUGCUGGAAAUUCGAAUGCAGAAAUCAACUCAAGCUGCAUCCACGUGGCAAUUGGUUAGACGGGCUGCAAAUGUUUUGUGUUUAGCACAUGAUUGUAAUUAUUGUAAAUGUAUGUUUAACCACAUGUUGUUAACACGAGAUUAAUGUAGAGUAGUGAUGUAAAGUGACAUUGUGCGAAAUGUUUAAUGAAGCUGCUCUUUGCAUUCCUUACUCUAUCAAAUUCCAAAGCUUCUUGUUUUUGCUUUAAAAAAAACAUGUGUUUCAGUUUUCAUUUUGUAUUUCUGCAUCUGUAGAUUAAUUUAGUCUGUUGAUGGUCUUCUUCUUUCAUGUUUGUUGAUUUUCUGUGCAGUUUAAGACCAGGCACCAGUGUCUUUAAGCAUGGAUGUUUCUCUUUUCCUCUUUGCUAAAAAAAAGAAAAAAAAGAAAUGAUAUGAAAUAUGACACAAUGACAUAUUUAACUUAUCCUAGCUCUGCACUUUUAUUGAAGGCUUGUUUGUAUAACUUAAGAUUCUCUUUGUGAAAUACAUCCAGUACUUGUUUUUUUUUUUUUUUUUUUUUGUAAGUAUUAAAGACAACCCCAAUGAUGAAUGAUUUUGAUGAUAUAUUGAUGGUGAUGAAUGCUUCAAAAUAUAAUAAACCUAAAGCAAACA